AUGGGCCAUCCGCAAAUGCAAGCUAUAUUUGAAGGGCUUCCUGGUUUCACGCUAGUGGUGGACCACCAAGCACUCGUGCCCAUUCUUAACAACUACACCCUUGACGCCGUGGAAAAUCCAAAGAUCAAGCGAUUAAAAGAACGUCUGUUCCCGUAUAUUUACACCACCGUGUGGCGCAAGGAGAAAGAGCAUGCCAUCCCGGAUGCUCUAUCACGGGCACCGAUAAAUGACCCCGGUCCGGAAAAUGGAGCAGCCAACUCGGACGUCACAGGGUUUGCUCACCGCACCAUCAUUUCCCGGAUCGCCGCCAUCUUCUUCGACGACAACUUGGAUCGGGAUGAAUCAGCCGUUCCCCCUCAUCUACCCGACCCGUUAGUCGAUGAGAUCCGUGUGGUGGCCGCGAGCGACGGAGAUUACUCAGCGCUAAUCGCAGCAAUCGAGUCCGGUUUUCCCGAUCGUCGAGACCGUGCACCCGCCGAAGUGGGAAAUUAUUGGGACAUCCGCCAUCAAGUAUCAGUGGAACAAGGUAUCGUGCUGUUCCGAAACAGAAGUGUAAUACCUCAGGUGGCUCGAAAGAAUGUCCUCAGGAAGCUCCACGCGGCUCAUCAGGGGAUCGUGCGGACGAACAGGAGGGCCCGGCAGACAGAACGCUUGCCGAGCAACCAACAGGAGCCCAUGAUGUCUGACCCUCUCCCGACACACGUGUUUGAGGAUGUUUCAGCCGACCUGUUCCAGUCGGGCCCGCGGCACGUGCUUGUCUACGCUGACCGAUUGUCGGGAUGGCCGGUUGUUCACAGGUGGAGACGGGACCCAACCACGCGGGAAGUGUUGCACGCCGUUAUUGACAACUUCGCCGAGCUCGGCGUCCCAAUGUGGUUUCGAUCCGGCAACGGGCCUCAAUUCGACGCGGACGUUUUCCGAUCUACCAUGGACCGAUGGGGCGUCGCCGUUAGCAAUUCUACACCAAAUUAUAGCCAAAGUAACGGCCACGCGGAAGCGGCCGUCAAUGCCGUCAAAGAAUUAGUGGAGAAAAUUUCCCCAUCCGGAGACCUGGACACUGAGGAGUUUAAGCAGGGGCUCUUGGAAUUCUGGAAUACCCCCCGGGAGAACGGAUUAUCGCCCGCUCAAAUGGUAUUCGGACACAAGCUUCGCUCGAUCGUCCCAGCCCAUCGCUCGGCCUACGCGACGUGUUGGAAAUCCGACAUGGAGGCAAGGGAUCGUCAGGCGGCUGCAAACGCGGACGCCAAAACGCACUACGAUCUCCGUUCCCACGACCUCGAACCUUUGCUGAUCGGCACCAACAUAACCGUGCAGGACCCUAAAUCAAAACUGUGGAGCCAUCUGUCACGACCUGAUUGA